UUUGAUAAAAAAUUUUCGAUCAAAUUUGAGGAAAAUUUGAAAUUUUGACAUUUUUGAAGAAAUAUUUUAUGGAAUGAGCAGAACCCCGUCUUGUAAAAUAAUUGUUUUAAUGCUUAGGUAAACUAAAAAUAAUUCACUGUUCAGUUUAGGUACCAUGAAACUCAACUAAACUCUUUAACGCCGGUAUUUUCAAUAGCUUUGUAAAUCUUGAUACUUACCUAGCAUAAACUAGUGCCAGUUCGACUUGAAGGUUUGAAACAAUGAAAGCUAUUUCACGAUAAUCUGCGACACAGUAAGAUUGAACUUCAUUUCAAAACUGAAUAGUCCAAAGCAUGCAUCAUCGGGCAACGUUCAGCGACGACAAGUCUUUUGUUAAUCAGUUGAAUGAUUAUGUUGAUGGGCAGAGUAGCAAUGUUCAAGUCGAAAAUAAUAAAAUCUCUUUAACUCCGGUGUUCCUAUGCGAUCUCGAAAAGGCCAUACAAAGUUUAUAUCAUCGAUUGGAUUCAAAUAUUUCAAAUGCUUUUUCUUAUGGUGAAAAAAUCUAUACAGGAUUCGGUGGACUCUCUCUUCUCAAAUUAUUGAACGAUGAGUGUAACAAAUUCCACUCCAAAGCACUCGAUCAAGCUGACCGAUUGAUUUUAGAAACAGCUCAAGAGUGUCGAAUUAACGAUAGGAUUUCGUUUUUAAAUGGAAAUGCUGGAAUCCUAACCAUUGCUGCUUUAACAUAUCACAAAAGGGGCGAUCAGGAGAAAACAAACGCCAGUUUGGAAAAAUUGCUGAGAUUUUCAAAAUAUUGUUUUGCGAGUGGGAGGUCGCCUCCACCUGAUGAACUUCUCUACGGUCGAGCUGGUUAUUUAUACGCAUUGUUAUUGGUUCGAAAACAUAUUCCGAAUGACUUAAUCAAAGAUUGUUUCAUCAAAGAGGUAGCUGAAAAAAUUAUAGAUUCAGGUAAAACGUUGUCUAGGGCAACUCAAGCCAAAACUCCACUUCAAUACGAAUGGCACGAUAAGGAGUAUAUAGGGGCUGCUCAUGGAUACUGCGGAAUUCUUCAUACAUUACUUUUGGCUCGUCAGCAGAACAUAAUUUCUGAAUCGACUGUUAUUACCUAUGUGAAACCUACGAUUGAUUAUGUGCUCAACAUGCAAUUUCCUUCAAAAAAUAUACCCUCAUCGGUCAAUUCGUUAAGCGGCGAUAAAUUGGUGCAGUGGUGUCAUGGCGCUCCUGGAGCUGUUCAUAUGGUUGCGUUAGCGUAUGAGGUUCUGAAAGAUAAUAAAUAUCUACAAGCUGCUUUGGAUUUCGGCGAAGUAACGUGGCAGCGAGGAUUAUUGAGAAAAGGUUAUAGUUUAUGUCACGGAGUUUCUGGAAAUGGUUACACAUUUAUUAAAUUAUAUCAACUGACAGGGGAUCCUAAACAUUUGCAUAGAGCAACGAAAUUCGCUGAAUGGUGUUUCACUUAUGGAUACAAACAAGCUUUCGAACCUGACAGGCCAAAUUCGUUGUACGAAGGCUUGGCUGGUGUGAUAUAUUUCCUUGUUGAUUUGCAACAAGCGGAAAAAGCUAAAUUUCCAGGAGUUGAAAUUUGAAUUUUUUUGUUUACUCAUCUCGUUAAAUUUCCAUGUUUUCUUGCAAAUAUUAGAUUAUUUAUGCAUUAAUUAUUCCUUAGUUCAUUCGUCUUAAAUAAAUAAAAACGCCAAAAA